AUGGUGAGACUCUUGGCACUGUUCCUUUUGCUGUCACUUGAAGAGUGCCAAAGUGCAGCUGCACGGUGCCCAUCAACUAGAUCCCUCACUGUUCCUCAUGAGUGGUAUCAGCCAGGGACACUUCUCAUUGGGUCCCCCAGCAGUGCAAAAUCGGACGUGGAAUAUGGAGCUUGUCUUCCACAUGUCCAUGGCAAACUGGAAGUCAAAAAGUUAAGUUUUUGUUACAUCUGUGAAAACAAUGUACUGGGGCUGGAAAAAGCUUCAGAAGUUGAAAGUGAUGAGCAGAAUGCUUUGGCUUUGGCAUUUGCUGUAAAUACCAUCAAUGAAUCUCCAACAAUUUUGCCAAAUGUCACACUGGGCCUGUACAUCUAUGACACCUACUAUGAUGAUCGGAUGACCUAUUACAGUCUUCUCAAUUUGCUCUUCAAAUUGUGCAGUUUUGUUCCAAACUAUGAAUGUGGAGCCCCCAAAAAUGUAAUUUCUGUAAUUGGAGGUCUUGGAUCUGACACCUCUUUUCACAUGGCAGAUGUUUUAGGACUCUACAAGAUUCCACAGCUCACCUAUGGAUCAUUUGCUCCAGAAGAAAUUUUAACAACUGAAGUUCCGAAAUUUUAUCGCAUGGUCCCAAAUGAUAAAAACCAGUACAUGGGAAUUAUCCAUUUGCUUCUACAUUUUGGCUGGACAUGGGUAGGUCUUUUGACAGGAGGUGAUGACAGUGGAAAAUAUUUCUUAAAAACCAUAGAAGCCUUGUUUUUGGAGAAAGGAAUCUGUACCGCUUUCAUACAGUUGUUCCCAUAUCAAGGUCGUGUCUUUUCUCACAAUGACAUGGGUAAAUUUAGAAAUAUCCACGUGGAUCAGAGGGCCAAAGCCCUUGUUAUCUAUGGAGAUACUCUGACUUUUUUGUGGUUACUCACCUAUGAUGCAUUUCUUGUGUCUGAAAACACAUAUAUUGGGAAGGUCUGGAUCAUGACAGCCCAGAUGGAAUUUGCAGUAACGGGCGUGACCAGACGGAUGGAUUUUCAAAUGUUCCAAGGUGCUAUAUCCUUUGCAAUUCAUUCCAAAGAACUUCAAGAAUUCCAGAGGUAUCUUCAGAAGAAAAACCCAUAUCAGCCUGAAGGUGAUGGUUUUCUCCAGUUGUUCUGGGAACAUGUUUUUGAAUGUUCAUUUCCAAAUACUGAAGAGCCAUUGGAGCAAGAGGAACUAUGUACUGGGAAGGAGAACCUGGAUAAGCCUCCUCGGUCUGUUUUUGAAGUGAGAAUGAAUGGCCACAGCUAUAGUAUCUACAAUGCUGUCUAUGUGGUAGCUCAUGCUCUCCAUGCUAUGCGCUCAUCAAAGAUCAAACACAGAGUAAGAACAGGGGAACAAAGUCUUGAGUUUGAAAACCUGCAAUCUUGGCAGUUACAUGCAUUUCUUCGUGACAUUUCAUUCAACAAUUCAGCUGGAGAGAACAUGCAUUUUAAUGAAAAAGGAGAAAUUGUUUCUGGUUUGGAUAUAAUGCACACAAGGUUAUUUUCAAACAACUCCUUCAAAAAAGUUAGAAUUGGACAGGUAAAACCAACAGCUUUUGAAGGAAAACAAUUCUUUAUACAUGAUGAAAUUAUUGAGUGGCCUAAAACCUUUAACCAGGUAUGUCCUAUUUCUGUGUGCAGUGAUUCGUGCCAGCCAGGAUUUCAGAAACAAAAGAAGGAAGGGGAACAAUUUUGUUGCUAUGAUUGCUUACCAUGUCCAAAAGGAAAGAUCUCCAACAAGACAGACACAGAUGAAUGUAUUCAGUGCCGAGAUGAUCAGUAUCAAAGCCAGAGCAAUGACAGCUGUUUCCCCAAAAUAAUAACCUUUCUUUCCUAUGAAGAACCAUUAGGAAUGGGUUUAGUCUCAAUUGUCCUUUGUUUUUCACUGGUCACAGGCUUGGUGUUGAUUACUUUUAUUAAGCACAGUGAUACAGCCAUAGUCAAAGCCAAUAACCGAGAACUCACCUAUAUUCUUCUUUCCUCUCUCCUGCUCUGCUUCCUCUGCUCUCUUUUAUUCCUUGGCCAUCCCCACAAAGUCACUUGCCUCAUUCGUCAUGUUGCUUUUGGUAUCAUCUUUACUGUGGCAGUUUCUUGUGUGUUGGCCAAAACCAUCACUGUUCUUGCUUUCAUGGCCACUAAACCAGGAUCCAAUGUGAGGAGGUGGGUGGGAAAAAGUCUGGCCAACACCAUUGUCCUUUCCUGCUCUCUCAUUCAAGCUGGCAUUUGUACUGCAUGGCUGGCCAUUGCUCCUCCGUACCCCAGGUUGGAUAUGAAAUCUCUGCCAAACAAGAUAAUAGCAGAAUGCAAUGAAGGCUCUACCUUUAUGUUUUACUUUGUAUUGGGCUACAUGGGACUUCUGUCCAUCAUCAGUUUCAUAGUGGCUUUCUUAUCUAGAAAUUUACCGGAUGCUUUCAAUGAAGCCAAAUUCAUCACUUUUAGCAUGCUCAUGUUUUGCAGUGUUUGGCUGACUUUUAUCCCAACUUAUUUGAGUGCCAAAGGCAAAUACGUGGUAGGUGUGGAGAUCUUCUCCAUUUUGGCCUCUGGGGCUGCACUGCUUGCCUGUAUCUUUUUUCCAAAAGUUUAUAUUAUCUGGUUGAGACCUGAGCUGAAUAAUAAGGAGGGAUUAAUAAGGACAAAGAAUAAACCAGUGACAAAGCAGAAAUCAGAUGCAGAAGACUCUUUUCUCCAGGAAAACACAUCUGCAGGGAUGGUGAAAUUCCUGGCACUGUUUCUUUUUCUAUCCCUUGAAGAGUGCCAAAGAGUGACCACAAAGUGCGCUCAAACCCAAUUCUUCACUGUUCCUCAUGACUGGUAUCAGCCAGGGACACUUCUCAUUGGUGGGAUGGCAUCUCAAGUCAUUUAUGUAUUUAAUGAAGUUUCCUUCAAAAAUAUCCCUUCACAAGAUAUUGGCUUUGAUCUUCCAGUGAUGCUGACCAAGUUCUACCAGAAUUGUUUGGCUUUGGCAUUUGCUGUAAAUACAAUCAAUAAGUCGCCAACAAUUUUGACAAAUAUCACAGUGGGAUUCCACAUCUAUGACACCUACUAUGAUCAGAGGAUGACCUAUUACAAUCUUCUCAAUUUGCUCUUUAAAUUGCACCAUUUUCUUCCUAAUUAUGCAUGUGGACUCCCUAAAAACCUAAUUGCUGUUGUGGGAGGUCUUGCAUCUGACACCUCUUUUCACAUGGCAGAUAUUUUAGGACUCUACAAGAUUCCACAGGUAAAGGCAAAAUUUUAA